AUGGGUAGGAAGAGCAAAGAGAUAAUUAAGGUGCAUCCGAACAACAAAAACUUGAACAUGAAGACUUUCACCUUCUACAAUGAGCUACUUAAGAUCUUUGGGAAAGGCGAUAUAGUAGUUGGAAGAAUCACAUGUGGUAUUUCCUAUGGCCCAAAGUCACCUAAACAUGUCGUCCAUUUGGAAGUAUUUGACACUCUAAUUGAUUUAGAAGACCCGAGGGGCACAGAGAUCAUAGAGGAAAUUAUAAAUGAAGGUGUUCAGAUGGAACAAACAGCUCAGCCACAUGAAGCUCCCUUAAAUAAGAAACAACCAUCUAACCCAAACUCUUAUGCUUUAAAAAAGGCUAUAAGGAGUGAGAUGAACACCAAUGAAGCUAUAGCUAAUAUGUCUUCCCAACUUGGCUGCAUUGAUAUAAGAGAGAGAGUAAAAUUGAUUGGACUGAUGCAUGGCAAAGUAAUUGAUGUUGCAAUGGAUUUAGUAGACAACAAACCAAAGACUCGACUCUGUUAUGCUUUUCAGAGUGAGGAAGACUGUUGUUAUUUCAUCAAGAACUAG